AUGCAGGAUGUUCACGAUCCUUACGGGAGUAUGAAAUAUCCCAUGCGCCCGCAUCAUCAGUCGCACCUCUCAGGUGGUCGAUCCGCGAACCUCCACUCGCCCUCUGAGCCAUCGGCCGCCGCUCAGCGAUAUUCGCCCAUGGAAGUACUGUCGCCAACAUCACCGUAUGCACCCAAGUCGGCAGCAAAUCAGGCUCAGUUCUCCGCGCCCCACACUCAGCGCCAGUCACCUACUCGGGCUGAGUAUCAGUCUCAGAGCGGUUAUUACGCCCGACAGAACUCUCAGCUUCCUUCUAUCACGCCUUACGCAAAUUCCCAGGAGAACUACCCAUCAGCUACUGUUUCGGCUCUUGAUGGUGCCUAUGCUAAUGACCCAAAAUCACCGAGGAGAGCGCUGCAGCCCACCGCCACAAUGCCUGUCGAGAAAAAGCCCGUGCCCCAGUUUAAGAAGAUCGGCGCCGUGACAGACUUGCGACCCAAGGUCAAUGCUCAACCGCCGUUCCGUCGCGCAAACCCCGAGGGAGGGUUUAUAAGUCCUCUCCAAGCCCUUACCGUCCAUCUACCCGCAACGUAUCGCAUAUGCAACCCUAACUUCAAAUACGAGUCUUCCCGCAAUCCCCGUCGGGUACUGACUAAACCGAGCAAGGGAACCAAGAACGAUGGGUACGAUAAUGAGGACAGCGAUUAUAUCCUUUAUGUCAACGACAUCCUAGGUUCGGAGGAAGCCGGUCACAAGAACCGAUACCUCAUCCUAGAUGUGCUUGGACAAGGCACCUUUGGGCAGGUCGUCAAGUGCCAGAACUUGAAGACCCAAGAGGUCGUUGCUGUCAAGGUCAUUAAAAAUAGGACGGCAUACUUUAACCAAAGCAUGAUGGAGGUGUCUGUGUUGGACUUGUUGAACACGAAACUUGACAAGAACGAUGAUCACCAUCUACUACGACUCAAAGACACGUUUAUACAUCGACAGCAUCUUUGCUUAGUAUUCGAACUUCUGAGCGUCAAUUUGUACGAGCUUAUAAAGCAGAACCAAUUCCGAGGUCUCAGUACGACACUCGUCCGAGUAUUUGCCCAGCAGCUCCUUAAUGGUCUCGCCCUGCUCAACAAGGCGCGACUAAUACAUUGUGAUCUAAAACCUGAGAAUAUUCUACUAAAGAACCUCGAGAGCCCCAUCAUCAAGAUUAUCGAUUUUGGCUCAGCCUGCGACGAGCGACAGACAGUGUACACAUACAUCCAGUCGCGAUUCUACCGAUCACCCGAAGUAUUAUUAGGCCUUCCCUAUUCCUCGGCAAUCGACAUGUGGUCACUCGGCUGUAUCGUAGUCGAGCUAUUUUUAGGCCUGCCGCUAUUCCCGGGCUCGUCCGAAUACAAUCAGGUCUCGAGAAUCGUCGAGAUGCUUGGAAAUCCCCCGAACUGGAUGAUCGAGGUCGGUAAGCAGGCCGGUGAUUUCUUCGAGAAGAGGCAGGAUGAAUUCGGUCGGAAAACGUACCAUCUAAAGAGUAUGGAACAGUUCUCUCGGGAACGUGGGACGAAAGAACAACCUAGCAAGAAGUACUUUCAAGCGAGCACGCUACCGGAGAUUAUUAAAUCAUACCCAAUGCCGCGAAAGAACAUGAAGCCGAACGAGAUUGAACGAGAAAUGAACAACCGAAUUGCUUUCAUCGAUUUCGUGCGAGGGCUACUGACUAUCAGCCCUCUAGAGAGAUGGUCGCCGCAACAGGCAAAGCUUCACCCAUUCAUCACUCAGCAGAAAUUCACCGGCCCCUUUGUACCGCCGAUGAACUUGAAGUCAAGCUCUCUGAAUCGAUCUCCAGCUCCUGGAACACAACAACAGCAGCAAGCUGCCGAACUCAGCAAGCAAAGAGCACAACAGGCGCAAGCUCAAGCUCAGGCGGCUGCUCAGGGAGCGUAUAUUAUGCAUAACUCCCAAUAUCCAGCCACGCCACACGGACAGCCUUCGAUGUACCAGACCAACGGCUUGUAUACCCCCAGUGGUAGUCACGCGGGUGCGCCGCCGCCUUAUACCGCCCAGCAAUCCCCUUACGGCCAAAUGCCCAUGGGUCAAGCACCUGCGCAAGUGGUGCCCGCGAAUUACGCUGCCGUCCCGCAACCGAACCUAUACCAACAAGCUACGGUUCGAGCGGGCCGCCAACGCGCGUCGACGAUGGAUCAGCAGCAGAGUGGUAUACCUGCAGCCAUUCAGAGAGUCGCUAGCCACCUUGAUCCAAGUCAGCCCAUCAGACUGCAACCGAGUCCUGCAUACUAUCCACCACCUGCCGAUGGCAUUGGCCUCACAGACCCUGGAGCUGGUAGGGUAGCUGGCAGGAGAGACAGUAGAUCGCAGAGAGGGGGUACUACUAGAGGUAACCGUGACUUCAUCCGUAACCUAGAAGAAAGGACGCUCGAGGAGGGAUUCAUGGGAGGUGGAGGCCAAAAUCCGUGGGCUUGA